AUGAGUGAGUCACACCAAGAAGGUAAGACAAGAACAGUGGCGGCGGCGGCGGCGGCCAACGUUGACGGCUAUUUGCGCAAUGCGUCAAAGCGGCUUCGCGUCCCCAGUGCAACAGGCGGGCGGGGCACGCGGCGGAAGUUGGCGAUGGUGACCGCGGCGAAUGUGGACCGAUCUCCGCAGCCAGUGGCCGCGGCGAACGCACCUGAGGCGGUCGACGUGGAUGACGAGUGGGAUGAGGUGGUGCUGCCGAACGCCGCCGCUGCGGCGGUGGCGAAGGAUGAGGUGAAGACGACGAAGGAGGAGGAGGGGCGCGAAGUGCCCAAAGUGGAUGCCGCCAAGGCCGCCCCGGGCGGUGGCAGCGUCAAGACGGAGAUCUUGCAGGUGGAGGACGGCGAGGAGGGAGGAGACGCUAGCGACCCCAGCGCCCAGUCGUUGAUGCAGGGCACACGGCCACCAUUGUCAGGCACAUCGAUGCAGCGAUGGAGGCGAAAUGACCCCUCCUACGAACGCAUGCUCGAGCAGCAGCAACUUCUCGCGGCACAACGACGCUCGGAACGAAUUCGACGUGCAGCAGAAGGCAUGUGCGUUUUAAUUUUUGCUCUACAACGCGCCAAGAUACUGGUUAAAGAAUCCCUUCACCCGCAGCUCUUGCGGAGACUGCUACGCGUAAGCAUUGCUGAGGGCGAUGUUGCAAAGUCCUUUCCUUUGUUGCGUGCUGUGCAGCGAGCCAAGGAGAGUUAUCAACGAGCCCUUAACCCUCUAGUGAGAAGGCCCGCCUUGUCGCCCUGUUGGGUUACUGUGGGUAAGGACACAGUCGGGAAUUAUACCUCUAGCUCCAUCAUGGCGUUGCUCACCGGCAUCACUUCGGUCUUCACUCUUGGGAGCGUGAUAGAUGCCACCGCCCUCUCGAAUUGGGCGGCUCCCGUUUCCUCUGGGCAUCUCUUCAGGCUUUUGUCAAGCUCGCGACGGUUGCGUACCUCCGCCGACGUCAAGUUGAGCCUGUCGCACUCGUUGUACUUCUGCGUCAUAUUUCUUGCUCUUGCCAGCGUAUCGGGUAUGUCGUGUCGACUGGUGGUGGCGAUGAAAAAGGAACGCGAGCGACAGAGUUCUGUGGCGACGGAAACUAGUGAUGCUCCGGCAAAACCGGCGCCGAUGACGCUGUUUGUGUCGCGUGCAAAGCGGCCGCGAAACGAGGGGGCGGCGGAGGGAGACCGUGCGUCCCAAAAGCUACCAUCGUCAUGCUUCUGGGUGGAGGUCUGGUGCCCGCAACGUGAGAGCUUCAUCGCCGUCAAUCCGUGUGGGGGGUGCACCGCGCUCUGGGGAGCCCCGUAUACGUUUUCGGUGGGCGGCGACGUCGCCAUGGAUGUGACGCCGAGGUACUCCACGAAAUACAGCAGCGCAUUUUUGUAUCGCCGGGGCCGCUGUGAUUCCUACCGCUUCUUCUGGAAGCAUCUGGGGUGGAACGACAACAGAGAAGCCUCUGAGGUCAUACUCGACGCCUUCCGUAAGGACAUGACACAAACCACGCGGGCUCAAUUGGAGCGAGAGCGCAAGCAGCUCCAUUCUCUUGCGUACGCUGAGGAAAUACCAAAGACGUUGACGGCGUUGCAGAAACAUCCCUUGUUUGUUAUUGAGAGUGAGCUGGCGCGGCACGAGGGCGUGUAUCCGAAGGACAAGACAACGAUUGUUGGGAGUGUGAAGGGUCACAUGGUGUACAAGCGAUCUGCCGUUGUCAAUUUGCGUAGCCGCGACGGAUGGCUUCGUGUGGGACGUUGUGUAAUAAGCGAGGAGGAGCUCCCAUACAAGGUAGUGCCCCCGCCAGCCUCACGUCCCUUUGCUGCCUCUUCUAGUUUCUUUGGUGUAUGGCAGACGAAACUGUUUGAACCCAGUCCCCUGCGUGGUGACGGGUCGCUGCCUUUGCACGGCAAAACACGCUGGUAUGUGCUUCUCGGUAGGCCUGUGCCAGAAGGACUAGUGCAUAUUCAGCGACCCAAUAUUGCCCGAGUGUCUCGUCGAAUGGACAUCGAAUUUGGGCUUGCUGUCAUGGGAUUUCAGCGGCGCCGUCUAGAGGAGUGCCGGUACGCACACUGGGAAGCUGUCAUUGACGGUAUUGUUGUGAAGGAGGUGGAUGCGGCGAAUCUUCUGCACGCGUACGAUGACUGGAGGCGUUUGACGGAAGAACAGGAGGCCGCAAAACGACGUCAGCGAGCGAAUCGGUGGUGGCUACAUUUUGCGCAGCGAAUGCUGGCGAUGCGGCGCGUCCGUGAGCAGUACUUGGAUGGUGCGGUGCAUGGGUCUCUGCCUCUGCGUUGA